AUGUCGUCUACUCAGAUAUCAGUUACACUCACCUCUCACUCUAGCGACUUGCUCAAACCAGUUAUGUCUGUCCUGAAGAGACAUGAUGGAUCUGAGUACUACGUCUAUGAACGCAAAGACUGCUGGCAUAUUGGUCUUGGAUCCUACAGAUCCUUGAUAGUUGACUCCAGCGGGGAGAACAUGACAAUUUCAGCGUCCGGGGAACCAAGUCGUCACUGCCUGGUGAAGAAGCCCCUAUCUGAUCUAGCAAGAGAAUUUCUCCGUGAUAAUUGGAAUCACACCUCCAAAGUCUGCGGGCACGUUGGAUUCAACUAUGCCGCUCAUAUCCGGGGCCUGAAUUAUACCCCCGGCAAAUGGCCCCUACUCGCCUUGAUGAUACCUUGCAUAGAAGUACUCAUCGAGUCAGAUAGAAUAAUAGUCACCGGGCAUGACACCAAAGAGGUCCUGGAACUGUGCACACAGCUGAAAAAUACAUGCCGGUGCCGCAACCUACCACCUACCACUCAUGAUAUCCAACCCGUUGACGUUAGUUAUAACUCGAGCCAAUACAAAACCCUAGUACAGAAAGCGUUGUCAGAAAUUCAGCAGGGCCACUACACCAAGAUAAUUCCGUCUCGGCCAGUUAACCUCCCAGAACGUGUGGACAUGCCUUCAACACUGCACAGUGGUCGACAAUCUAAUACCCCCUCACGCAGCUUCUCCUUCCGACAUGCUGGCUACCAAGCCACUGGAUUCAGUCCCGAACUAGUCAUGUCCCUGGACAAAGGGGUAGUAACAACAGAGCCUCUGGCCGGCACACGCUCAUGCAAAGGCACGAAGGCAGAAAUCCAGAGACUUCGACAUGAGCUAGAAAACGACAGCAAAGAGAUCGUCGAGCACGUCAUCUCCGUCAAAGAGGCCGUGCACGAAGUCAGCCAGCUUUCCGAUAAGCCGGUGGUAGAGGACUUCAUGUCCGUGCGAGUACGAGGGAGCGUGCAACACCUUGGUUCUCGAGUAUGCGGACGUCUAUCUCCAGAUAAAGACAUGUGGGAUGCUUUCAAUGUCCUCUUCCCGUCGAUAACUGCGUCAGGUAUUCCGAAACAGGCUGCUAUUGAUGCUAUUUCCCGCCUUGAGUCGCAGCCUAGAGAGCUUUAUUCGGGAGCUAUUCUGAUGAUCGAAGAUAAUCAGUCCAUGGAGGCUGCGCUUGUGCUUCGCUCUGUUUAUCAGGAUUCCGAGCGCCAGCGGAUCCAGGCUGGUGCUGGAGUAAUUGCGGAGUCGGAUCCGUCCCGAGAAUUGACUGAGACUUGUGAGAAACUUGCGAGUAUUGCGCCUUUUGUUGUGAGGGAAUCUGGUAUGUAA